AAUUGUUUAAGCCUUAAAAUGGAAAAUGGAAAUGGCGUGGAGAUGGCAUCUACCGUUGCCGUGACAACAUUUGAUGCAACGAUUUUUGCUCAGAUUCCUGUGAAAGAAGAAACAGUCUUAGCAGAAGAUUUCAUAUUGACAGUCGGAAAGUCUCUUGGGUUGAAAACAAGCAGCAUUCAGUUCUUUGGGCUAUUCCAAGGUUUACUUCAUCCUACAAUAAAGUUCAAGAGUAUUGAUGCAGUGCCAAUGAAUGUGAAAGGCCUGACAUUCCAGAAGUGGUGUUUUGAUACCAGAAAAGAGAGCCAAAUACUGAGUGAUCCCAUCGCGACUCAACUCAUUUGUGCCCAGUCAAAGGCUUACAUCAGGGAGGGUUUAUUGAAACCACCUGAUGAAUUUUUGGCAGAGCUUGAAGAAAACAAGGACCCUUCCACUGCUGCAAAGUUCGUGAAGUUGUGCCAAAGCAUCCCGGACUAUAAUAGCAUCCAUCUCCCGGACUGCCGGCUUGACAAGGAGUUCUGGCUGCUGCCACACAUUCCAGCGGACAGCAUUGUCACACUCACCCUGCUCCAGCGAGGGAUGGUGCUAAGGGUCGACUGUAGCGACCGAGAGGAGGAGUAUUUCAUCUCCUGGAGGAAGAUCCAAAGAUGGAGAAAAACCGAGAGGGACGAAUGCCUGGUGAUGUAUGACGUUUAUUCCGUGCCAAGUGAUGACUUUGGCGGCCUUUGCAUACAGACCUUGCAAGCCAAGUACCUGCUAGCAGCUACCAUGGAGAUGAUUAAAGGACUUCAGAGCGAGCUCGGAGGGCCUAUCUUUCAAACGUCAGACCUGACCAGGAACCAACGGCGCGAGGUGAUCGAGUGGAACAACAUUGUCUACAGCAAGACCAGGUUCAAUGUGGAACGGGAGAUAGCGGAAAAAUAUGUGGAAAUCUCCAUGCUGCGGUGAUUUGUCAAACACGGACACGCAAAUGCAAUUACAUGUACAGAUUCAACAUUUCUGUCUUCUUUUCCAAAGGGGCGUUAAAUAUUUUCAAAACACCCUUUUAAUUUGAAGAAACUUAAUUAUUUCAAGCAACACCUCUCAAGAUUUUGACAACUGUCAGUUUUGUUAACAAUGCCAUAGUUUGACAUCAUAAUACACAACAUGAUUCCAGGAGAGACUAAAUUUGCAUUUUGACUUGUUUACGGAAUUGAAAACAUUUUCAGAAAAUCGUCAUUUCUCUUGUGUAAUCCAUAUGAACAAAAGUACUUCAGGCGUUGAAGCAUGUUGCUUGAUUUCUAAGACUGUUGACAAAUGUGUAGUGUUUGUGACAGGAACCUACAUCCAAAACUUCCCACUUCAUGUUGGUUUUGUUCAUUGUCGACCAGAGACGUUUGUAGUGACAUUAUCAGUGCAUUUUACAAUUUUGAAGUCUUUCUGUAUUUUCCGUACCAGCUAUAGAUAGACUCUCCAGUAAAGUAAUUACACAGUGCAGUUUUGUAAUCGGUAUAUUUUUGCACUGUUAACUUAACGCUUUCACUUUAUAAUGUUAAAUAAUAUUAGAUAUAUGUUUGUAUAUACUUUGGAAAAUGAACGAUAGUUUGACAGAAAUAAGUAUAUUUUUAGAAAGAUGUCUAGCUUUGAAUGACCUUGAAAUUUGCAAGAAUUGAAUAUCUAAUUUAUAUUUUCUUGAGUAUUCUAUUUCAUUUUUAAGUGAACUAAUCCAUCGAUAAU